AGCAUGCUUAGCUACACGUAGAAUCCGGAUGACUUGUCCAACUACCUCGUAAUUUAUACGCUGGUGCUGCUCUCACCGUAUCACAUCUACUAUUAGCUCAGGAUAAAACGUCACGUGAGCACACGAUGAACUCAUGCUCAAUUGCUCAUACGCUGACUUUUGUACUCGAGGGCAAAGCGGAUUGAGCGAAGCCGCGGAGGAGCAGUCCAUGGGGCUCGCCAAGAUCGACCUCCGCGGGGUGGAGCCCGGCGGGUCGGGGUGGGAGGACGCCCGCGCCGCGGUGACCGCGUCCAUGGUGGCGCACGGCUGCGCCGUCGUCGUCGUCGCGCACGACGCGCUCGGCCCGGAGCUCCGGGGCGCGCUCUUCUGCCGGGCCAUGCCGGAGAUCUUCGCGCUCCCGCUCGAGACCAAGCAGCGGAACGUCUCCCGCUGGGGGCCGUUCAAGGGCUACAUCUCGCAGAUCCCCGGCAUGGCCAUGGAGAGCAUCCGCGUCGCCGAGGCCGCCGACGCCGGCCGCGUCCGCGACUUCGCCGGCGUCCUCUGGCCGCAGGGCAACCAGGAAUUCUGCGACACGAUCGUGUCGUUCGCCAAGAACAUGCUGAGGCUGGAGCGGAUGGUGGAGACGCUGACCCUGGAGGGCCUCGGCGUCCGGGACGAGAGCAUCGGCCACCACCUCGCGUCGCUCACCCACGGCGUCCGGCUGACGCGCUACGGCGCGCCUCUGGACAGGGAGACCGGCGUGUCCAUGAAGGAGCACCGCGACGACACCAUGGUCACCGGGAUCGUGCAGCACGAGGUGGAGGGCCUCGAGGUGUGGGCUGGGGACGGGCGCUGGCACGCCGUGCCUCCCGAGCCGGGCACGGUCACCUUCGUGGCUGGCGAGCAGCUCAGGGUCGUCACGAACGGGCGGGUGCCGGCGUGCCUGCACCGCGUCAGGACGCCGAGCAACCGCGAGCGCUUCUCGGUGCUGUUCGGCUGCCGAGCCAGGGUCAACGCCGCGGUGAGGGCGAUGGACGAGCUCGUCGGCGGCGGCCAACCGCUGGUGUACAAGCCCGUGAGGUACGAGGAGUACUCCAGCGCGCAAAUCCGUAGCUCCACUGAUGAAACGGCAUGAUUUCUGUUCACUCUAUGGAGGGAAACCGUGUUGCAGCUAUGGAAGAAUCCAACUUUUACAUCCCUUUUCAAUAACUACCGGAAUUGUCUGGCUCUUGAAAGAAGAAUACUUGCAAGAAGCGAAUAAAACAUCAGGAAAUUUGCCAA